GGGGGGGGGGGUUCCGUGCACGAACUGAUCAGACAAUCGAUGACAAAGGUAAACUGCUGAUUCCAUAAAAGACCAACUUCAGAUCAGAAACAACCACUCAAACCUCUUGAUUUGAAAACAUUAGUUUCUUGUUUUCAGUCGUGCUUGCAUCUGAUUUGUGCGCAUCAUGAAGUUUGUCAUUGUCCUAGUUGCCGUGAUCCUGGUGGCAUCAGUGCCGCCGUCUGCUGAGGCCAAGGCCAAGCGGACUAGACUCGCUCGCCUUGCCCGGGAAGCAUCGCACAACAAGCGGCAAGGACCCCUCCAGCGUGAUGGCGGCUGUGAUAUCUGCGCUAAAUAUGAAGAAAUGAGACAGGCGGUGGUGAGAAUGAUGAAUGGGUUCCAGUGCGAGGUCUCUCAGUCGACCCCCGAGCCGAUCGAGUCCUCCUAUGAGCCCCAUCUAGACUCCAGCUCCGACUCUGAAAGCUGGGAUUCCGAUGACAUGAUCUGGGAUAGCUCCAGUGUUCCGCGGUCUUACAAGUAAAGGUCCUUCCAUUCACAUCACAAUGUGGCGUCAAGCCGUCACGGUGUAGGGCUAUAUGCGUUUCCUAUAUCCAUCUCACUCCAGACCUUACUACGCACCGUUCGUUCUUAAUUAAUGUUGUAAACCAAUAAAGUAAACCAUCAACUCACAAGGGUGUGUUGAGGGGGUGGUUGGGGUUAAGCUCACCCUUUCGCCACAACUUUAUUCUUGGUAAAAAUAACUAAAUAUCUUUUCCUGACGUAACAUCGGCCACUCAAAUUGCAAGUCAUAUAAGUUCAUUACUGUAGGCAUUUGAUAUCUGUAUGUGUUGACUUCGUAACACCUCUGUGACCGCCCCCCCCCCCCCCC